AUGCUGGGACUCCACCGCCACGAAAUGGACGACCACCGUAAAAUCGGUCAGAUGGCCGUGAAGAAGCAUGGGACGAUUGUCUCCACCCGCCUGACCGACACUCAAGUCGGCCGUCGUAAGGUUCCAUACGAGGACCCCAAUCCUGCGCCUCUCAAGUACCGACGCCGUAGCUCCGACUUGUACCCCUUCCCUUUUUGCUGUUUUGUUCUCCUUUUCUGCUCUGGUCCGUCUGAGCCCGCAUAUCCACCUAUUUGGUUUUUUAGCACUUAA